AUGCCGAUCACAACAGAACUUACAAGGAUGUUGGGCAUCACCCACCCUAUCGUCCAAGGAGGUAUGCAGUGGGUAGGGACACCGCCCUUGGCUGCAGCAGUCGCAUCUGCCGGAGCGCUGGGCAUGCUCACCGCUCUGACGCAACCAAGUCCCGACGCGCUCCGAGAGGCCAUCAAGGAGACCAAGCGGCGCAUGGGGAACAGCAGGGGGAAGUUUGGGGUCAACAUUACUCUUCUGCCGUCCAUCAGCCCGCCGGACUAUGCUGGCUACGUCAAGGCGGCUAUGGAUGAAGGGGUGGAGAUCUUUGAGACUGCCGGUAAUAACCCGGGUCCCAUCAUCAAACUCAUCCAGUCUUACAUCUCGCCCAACGCGGACGCUCUGCCAAAGCGCUACAUCAUACAUAAAUGUGUGACCAUUCGUCAUGCGUUAUCAGGCCAGAAGAUGGGUGUGGACUGCCUGAGUAUAGACGGGUUUGAAUGUGCAGGACACCCGGGCGAGGAGGAUAUCGGCGGUCUGGUGCUCCUUGCCCGAGCGGCCAAAGAGCUCAAGAUACCGUACAUUGCGUCCGGAGGGAUCGCAGACGGUCGAGGAUUGGCCUCGGCUCUGACACUAGGCGCAGCCGGCAUCAACAUGGGAACUCGGUUCAUGUGCACCGUGGAAUCGCCCAUACACCAGAAUAUCAAGGAGAAGAUCGUGGCGUCAACCGAACAGGACACUGUCCACAUCUUCCGAUCCCUGCGAAAUACUGCACGAGUGUUCAAGAAUGCUGUAUCGAUGGAGGUGGUUAGGCUUGAGCGUCGACCAGGAGGCGCCAAGUUUGAGGAUCUGCGCGAGCUUGUCUCGGGCCAACGAGGCCGGAAGGUAUACGAGGACGGAGACUCGGAUGCGGGCAUCUGGUCAGCCGGUAUCACGGUCGGUCUCAUUAAUGACAUCCCGACGUGCGAGGAGCUCGUCCCACGUAUCGUCAGGGAAGCCGAGGAGAUCAUUCGUGGUGUGAGCGCUUCGAUCUCGAUAGACGGCGGGCAAGAAGCUUGGGACAAGGUGACGAGGGAGAGUAAGCUCUAA